UUCCCUCCGCGGGCCCGAGAUAUGGCAAUGGUAGUUAGCAGCUGGCGAGAUGCGCAAGAGGACGUGGCCGGGGGCGGCCCCACCGGAGCAGCUCAGCCGGGCCGGGAUCCGCAGCAAGGGGCCUCGGCGGCCCCCCACACGCCGCAAACGCCGAGCCAGCCGGGAGCCCCGUCCACGCCGGGCGACAAGGGCCAGCAGCAGCAAGGCUCCGGCCAGAGCCAGCAGCAACAGCAGCAGCACAUCGAGUGCGUGGUGUGCGGCGACAAAUCCAGCGGGAAGCACUACGGGCAGUUUACCUGCGAGGGCUGCAAAAGUUUCUUCAAGCGGAGCGUCCGCAGGAACUUAACGUACACUUGCCGGGCCAACCGGAACUGUCCCAUCGACCAGCACCACCGCAACCAGUGCCAAUACUGCCGCCUGAAGAAGUGCCUCAAAGUGGGCAUGAGGAGGGAAGCGGUUCAGCGAGGAAGGAUGCCUCCGAGCCAGCCGAACCCGGGCCAGUACGCGCUGACCAACGGCGACCCGUUGAACGGCCACUGCUACCUGUCGGGCUACAUCUCGCUGCUGCUGCGAGCCGAGCCUUACCCGACGUCACGCUACGGCAGCCAGUGCAUGCAGCCCAACAACAUCAUGGGCAUCGAGAACAUCUGCGAGCUGGCGGCGCGGCUGCUCUUCAGCGCCGUCGAGUGGGCCCGCAACAUCCCCUUCUUCCCGGACCUGCAGAUCACCGACCAGGUGGCCCUGCUGCGCCUCACCUGGAGUGAGCUCUUCGUGCUCAACGCCGCCCAGUGCUCCAUGCCGCUGCACGUGGCCCCGCUCCUGGCUGCUGCCGGCCUCCACGCCUCGCCCAUGUCGGCCGACCGCGUGGUGGCCUUCAUGGACCACAUCCGCAUCUUCCAAGAGCAGGUGGAGAAGCUCAAGGCCCUGCACGUGGACUCGGCGGAAUACAGCUGCCUCAAAGCCAUCGUCCUCUUCACCUCAGAUGCCUGUGGCCUGUCGGACGCGGCGCACAUCGAGAGCCUGCAGGAGAAAUCGCAGUGCGCCCUGGAGGAAUACGUGCGCAGCCAGUACCCCAACCAGCCCAGCCGCUUCGGCAAGCUGCUCCUCCGGCUGCCUUCCCUGCGCACCGUCUCCUCGUCGGUCAUCGAGCAGCUCUUCUUCGUCCGCUUGGUAGGUAAAACCCCCAUCGAGACGCUCAUCCGAGACAUGCUGCUCUCCGGCAGCAGCUUCAACUGGCCUUACAUGUCGAUCCAGUGUUCCUAGAGCAGCCCCUGCCGCCCCCCUCCCCGCUUAGCCACCCGCCCACGGGCCUCGCGGCUGGGCGGCCAGAGGGGGGGGGAAGGGUCCGAGGAAAGAGCGAGAGCAAAGAAAGGGACCCACAAAAACGCCCCGCUCCCCCAAGGCCGGGAGCCCGGAAACCUCGUCUGGAAGGAAAAGACUGGCGGAAGCUGGCAACUCCGGCCCGGCGGCGGCGGC